CAGCGUACCUGUAAGCAAGUUAGCUGGCGUCUAGCAGAAAGGAAGAAAGAUGCAGGUAAAGGCGCAGUGCAAGAAACAAACAUGAGCAAUUGAACCCUCUCCUUCAUUUUCCACUCUUGUCCCCCUCCUCCUUCUCCUCCAAGUCCAAUGGCAUCUACUCCCCGUCUUCGGCUUUCGUCCCCGCAGCCACCAAUGGCGCCUGGAGAGCAGGGGAAUGAUUCCCCUAGCCCACGGUUUCCAGGCAGCACAUCAAAGGCCGGCAAGGCACGCAAAGUUCUUAUCUCGUUUGACGAGCUGCCAAAAUGGCAUCAGGAUAACGAGUUCAUUCUUCAUGGCUAUCGCCCGAUCUCAGGCUCGGCUCAGGUUUCAUUCCACAGCUGGUCAUACAUUCACAAUGAGUCUGUCAAUAUAUACUCUCACCUAAUACCAGCAAUCGUCUUUUUGCUCGGCGAGUGGUAUAUUCUAGAGUAUCUUACAAGUAAAUACUCCAAUAUGACUGGCGCCGAUUUCUUCAUCUUCAGCUUCUUCCUCUUGACUGCCAUUGGCUGCUUAGGGCUGUCAACAACGUACCACACCCUAAUGAACCAUUCCUCCGAAGUUGAACAAUUAUGGCUGCGACUUGACUUGGUGGGCAUAGUUCUCUUAACAUUAGGCGACUUCGUAUCGGGAAUAUACAUGGUCUUCUGGUGUGAGCCUUUAGAACGAAAGAUCUACUGGUCUAUGAUUGGAAUUCUUGGAUCACUUACCAUCUUCAUCAUGUUAAAUCCCUACUUCCAAGGCCAAAAGUUUCGCGCUUUCCGAGCACUUGCGUUCGUAGGGACUGGGUUAUCUGGCUUCGCACCAUUGAUACAUGGAAUCAAGAUGUUCGGCUUCUCGCAAAUGAUGAAGCAAUCCGGAAUGCCCUAUUAUCUGAUCGAAGGUGGAUUUCUUCUGCUUGGGGCUUUGGUUUAUGUCACCAAGUUUCCCGAGAGUCGAUUUCCAGGUAAAUUCGACAUUUACGGCUCUUCUCAUCAACUCUUUCACAUCCUGGUGGUCUUCGCCACUGUGACUCAAUUGAUUGGGAUAUUGGAUGCUUUCGACUAUAAUUACGUUCAUAGAACGUGCUCAUCUCUCUGAGUCAUAAUUCAAGACUUUGUCAUUAUCUGCUGAGGUUUCGUUUUGAGCCAUAGAAUUAUAGUAUGCUAUCGAACUAACUUGAUAGGAGAUG